AGUAUAUCCGAAAGAGCUUUCUUUGUCCCCAUUCUUUCACUCAUGCACUGAAUGCGGAACUAGAACCCCCUUCCUUCCCCUCUUCUCUUUCUCGCAUUUUCCUUUCCAUUUUAACUCAAUCCAAUCAACUCCAUCCCCCCAACUUCAUCACAAAAACCCAGAAUUCUUUGCCCGCCAUCAAUGGCUGCUUUACUAUCUUCUUUGCAGACAACCCCUCUUCAUCCACUUCACUCUUCUUCUUCCUCCUCCUCCACAGUGUCUUCUUCUUGUUCUUCUUCAAUGGCUACGCUCUCGACCAGACCGUUGGUGAAGCCUCAAAUCCUGAGUUUGACCUCCAAGUCUUCAACUUUCUUGAAUCCGUGUAAGAUUCUCAAGACCGUUUCUGUUGAGAUUAUGCCCAGAAACAAGUGCCGUGGAAAUUUUCGCUCUGUUCGCAUGUCGUGGGAUGGUCCACUCUCUUCGGUAAAGCUGAUAAUACAGGGCAAGAACUUAGAGUUGACGGAGACAGUUAAAAGUCAUGUGGAAGAAAAGGUCGGGAAGGCAGUUGUAAAGCAUAGCCACCUAGUGAGGGAAGUUGAUGUUCGGUUGUCGGUUCGGGGUGGCGAGUUUGGAAAAGGCCCAAGGAUUAGGAGAUGUGAGGUGACUUUGUUUACGAAAAGGCAUGGGGUAGUCCGAGCAGAGGAAGAAGCUGAGACGCUCUACGCAAGCAUAGAUCUGGCAUCCUCCAUCAUACAGAGGAAGUUGAGGAAAAUCAAAGAGAAGGAGUCAGACCAUGGCAGACACAUGAAGGGAUUCAACAGGUUAAAAGUAAGGGAGCCUUCGGCACCGGAGAUAAAGGAAGAGGAAGAAACUGUUCCUGAGCAAACAGAAGGCAAAGAAACUGUUCCUGAGCAAACAGAAGGCGAAGAAACAGUUCCUUUACAAGAGGAAGAAAACCUUAUUGAUGCGAUUGUUCGCACGAAAUACUUUGACAUGCCACCUUUGACCGUGCCUGAAGCAGUUCAGCAACUGGAAAAUGUUGAUCAUGACUUUUAUGGUUUCCGAAAUGAAGAAACUGGUGAAAUUAAUAUCAUAUACAAAAGAAAGGCAGGAGGAUAUGGGCUCAUCAUACCAAAAGGAAACGGCGCUGUACAAUUAGAAACUACGGUGGUAGAACCAAUUAGGGAACACUCAAUGGCAGAAUAAAUGGUGCUGCCAAAGGAAACCCCUUUUGUAAAGCUAUGUAUGCCGCUCGUCAUAUCUGCAGAUUUGCAGAUGGCAGUAGCAUAUUGAAGGCAAAGCAAAGGCUCCUACGGGGGACGUGAUUUUUACAAGUUUGCGAGUACUUUUAGCCAGAGUUCUAAAAUGCAUGUACAAAGCUUUUCCUUUCUUAAAAUGAGAUGUUCCAUGGGCAUAUGGUGUCUAAACACGCAGAAUGUAACAUACUGUAAUCACCAUUGCACAGAUCGAUAUAGAAAUAACUAUUUAGCUCA